AUGCAUUCUUUUCUUACCGAACAGCAACUGGACUACUCUAUUUUUAUUGUGGAGCAAAUCGCCAAUCAGACCUUUAAUCGCGGCAAGCUUCUGAACAUUGGCUUCGUUGAAGCAAUGAAGCUUUACAAAUGGCAGUGCAUUCUCCUUCAUGAUGUAGACCUGCUACCAGAAGAUAGAAGAAACUUACAUGUGUGUCCUGGGCAGAAUCCGCGCUACAUGGCUGUUGCAAUGGACAAGCUCGGUUAUAGAAACACUUACAAACGUAAGUUUGGCACAAGCACUAUGUUUAAUGUCAAACAAUUUCGUGAUGUAAACGGACUAUCCAACCAGUACUGGGGAUGGGGAGGAGAAGACAAUGAUUUUUAUAACAGAACCCGCUUGGCAGGAUACGAGGUAGAACGCUAUAAUGCCUCUAUAGCUAGGUAUAAGAUGAUAAAGCACGAAAGGGACGAGGGAAAUCCAAUAAAUCCGUGA